AUGUCUCGGCCUUCGUCGCGAAACGCAGCUCGCCCGAAGACUCCUGUGAGCCGAAGCUACGAGCGUCCUGAGCCGAAACGGAUAAUCUCGAAGCAUUUAGGGACGGUGCUGGAGGAUGGCCUGCCGGCCUGUGAGGCGGAGCUCAGCGAUGACCAAUACGAAGCGGCCAGGGCGGCAUUCAGGGCCGAGGCAGGAGGGGCGUCACGGCUCGGACCGCAGGCGGUAAAGCGUGCUCUUCUUAGGCUCGACGAUGCCCUGUUCCAACGCCUCGUGGAAGACCGAUGGCAUUCCUACACCGACUCCGACGACGCCGACCAUGGGCCAGGCGGCGGGGGGAAUAGCGUCGACGUGGACGGUUUUGCGCGCGUCUACGGGAGUGUUGCGGCCCCGGCCAUCACGUUCGGACGACACCUCCGGAAGGCAGCGGGGCGAGGGGACGAGGAGCUCGUUCGACAGCUGAUUCUUCGCGGCUGCAAUCCCAACACCGGAUCGGGCACCGGAGAGACCGCCCUCCACACCAUGGCCGCCUUCGGACGCGUGGACUGCGCCAAGGCUCUCCGGGCGCUCUGCGGGAAAGAUCUCAUCAUGCAGCCAAGGGACAAGGCAUGUCUUUGCUUUCGCCGCACGACCGCACGAAACCCGGCUUGA